UUGACUGUUACGAACAGUUCCGAACUGUCUAUUCUGAGCUAGUUGAGCGUUGGAAGUUUUAGAAUCCCGAACACUACUUGCAGUAAAAACAGUUGAUAGUGGAAAAUCGUCGAGUAGUGUCGUUCGCCGUCUCGUGGAUUUUUGGUAAUAGUCUCGGAAAAGUUUCGCUCAUCGCGUUAUAAAAUAAAACAAUCAAUAUUUGUACGUUAGGUUACAUCGAAAACUGUUUGUUGUGUUUGUUUUUCGUCUAUUGUAUAUUGGCUUUAAAUCGACAAGUAAUGACAGAAGGAAACCAUGCUAAUAUUAUAGAAAACGAAUUGCCAUUCAACAACGAUCAAAAUGCAGAAAACAAACCGCACAAAAGAAAAGUUGAAAUCAGUAACAUUAGAGACAAAGAGGGAAAAAAAGAAGACGUAUUUGUACCAAAAAUUCGGUGGCCCGACACUUUAGUACAAUUAUACCUACAUUUAGGUUGUUUAUAUGGACUGUAUUUAUGUGUAGUUUCAGCGAAAUUCGUUACAGUUAUAUUUGCUCUUUUAACAGUUUAUAUAUCAGGUUUUGGUAUAACAGCCGGAGCUCAUAGGCUAUGGUCACACAAAUCUUACAAAGCUAAGUGGCCACUUAGAUUACUUCUAGUUUUAUUAUUCACAAUCACAGGCCAGAGACAUGUGUAUAUCUGGGCUUUAGAUCACAGGGUCCAUCACAAAUACAGUGAAACAAAUGCUGAUCCGCACAAUGCUAAAAGAGGUUUCUUCUUCUCGCACGUCGGUUGGUUGGUACUCACACCUCAUCCUGAUGUUGUAGAGAAAAGAAAAGCAGUAGAUAUGAGUGAUUUGGAAGCAGAUGCAAUAGUCAUGUGGCAGAAAAAGUAUUAUCUUCCAUUAUUUGUGAUAUUCAACGUGCUUUUACCAGUAUCCAUUCCAGUAUAUUUUUGGAACGAAACCAUAUGGAACUCAUUCUGGAUCAACUUCAAUUUUAGAUUCACCAUCACUUUAAACAUCGCAUUUUUCGUGAAUAGCGUUGCACAUAUGUGGGGACAGAAACCAUAUGACAAGAACAUCAGUUCAGUAGAGAAUCUAGGAGUAUCUUUAGCAACGCUAGGUGAAGGUUGGCACAACUAUCAUCAUGUUUUCCCAUGGGACUACAAAGCAGGGGAGUUGGGUAAUACCUAUAAUCCAUCUACAGCAUUCAUACACUUUUUUGCGAAACUUGGUUGGGCGUAUGAUCUCAAAAGUGUCUCAAGAAAUAUGGUUAUCAGAAGAACAAUAAAAACAGGAGAUGGCAGUCAUCCUGAAAUCUGGGGAUAUGGCGAUACAGAUAUUGAUAGAGAAGAUAUGGAAGAAUUAGAUAAUAUGGCAGAAGAAAAAUAUAUAUGAACAAAUAUUCAUGGAUAUGUCUAUACAAUAUUACUAUGUUUAAGUUGUUAAUUUGAGUUAUUUUCCAGCUUUAGAAUUAAUUUGUUAUAUAUAUAUAGCGACCACAUAUUUUGUGAUUUAUUGCAAAAUAAAGUGUAUUUAUUAUAAUAAAAA